ACAGCGGAACCAUCGUUCCGGUGGGAGUUUCUCAUCGGCUCCUUAACAGCGGUGCUCUCUCGAGGAGGAAGUGGCGCCAGGCAGAGCCAGCAGGGCAGUCCCCCGCCAGAGUUGACCCGGACGGUCCCUGCGCCCCCCGGCGCGCGUGCAGCCGCUCGGAUAUGUGUGUCAGCGGACACGAACUCGGCCUGAGUUCGGAUCAGGAGACGUAGCAGGAACGGCAGACGGUUCGAGAGGAUCGCUCUUGCUGCAGAGGAAUGGCUAAAGAGCAGAGCAGGGCAGAAACCUAUGUCCUGGCGGGGUCAAACGGUCAUGGUGACCAGCAGUGGCAGACAGGAGUGAAUCACUCUGCUCGACCCCCCCCUGCUCACUCCGCCCUCACGUGGAGGAUGUCCCGCGUGGCCUCAGACGUCCGGCAGAAGUGUGCGGCCUACGUGCUGGCGCUGAGGCCGUGGAGCUUCAGCGCCUCGCUCACGCCCGUGGCCCUCGGCAGCGCCUUGGCCUACAAGCUGGACGGGUCUGUGGACCUGGUGGUUCUGAUGGUGUGCGCCGUGACCGUCUUGGUCGUCCACGGGGCAGGAAACCUUGUGAACACUUACUAUGACUUUUCCAAAGGAAUCGACCACAAGAAGAGUGAUGACAGAACUCUGGUGGACGAGAUUUUGGCCCCCCAGGACGUGGUAAUGUUUGGGGCCCUGCUGUACUCGCUGGGGUGUCUGUGCGUCACUCUGCUCUACUUCCUGUCCACGCUCAGACUGGAGCACCUCGCUCUCAUUUACUUCGGAGGACUCUCCAGCUCUUUUUUGUACACCGGAGGCAUCGGUCUGAAGUAUGUGGCCCUGGGUGACGUGGUCAUCCUCAUCACGUUUGGGCCUCUGGCGGUGAUGUUCGCCCACGCCGUGCAGGUGGGCUACCUGUCGGUGCUGCCGUUGGUGUACGCGGUGCCGCUGGCACUCAACACAGAAGCCAUCCUUCACAGCAACAACACACGAGACAUGGACUCUGACAAGCAGGCGGGCAUCGUCACUCUGGCCAUCCUCAUCGGGCCCACGCUGUCGUACGUCCUGUACAACCUGCUGAUCUUCGUCCCCUACGUGCUGUUCUGCAUCCUCGCCACCCGGUACACCAUCAGCAUGGCGCUGCCUCUCCUCACGCUGCCCAUGGCCUUCCCCCUAGAGAGGCAGUUCAGGAGUCGCUGCUACGCUAAGAUCCCGCAGAAGACAACCAAGCUCAACCUUCUGAUGGGACUUUUCUACGUGUUUGGGAUCAUUCUGGCGCCUCCUGGCAGCCUGCCAUUACUGUGAUUCCUCCAGACUGGUACAGGUGUCUCUGUGAAAGCUUUGCUGGCAUCACUUUCCUGUAGUGUCUGAGCUCAGGAUGAGGCGGGGAGACCUCUGCAGCCUGUUCAUCUGUGGAUGAUGGACAGACUUCAUGCAUCCAAAUGUAAAACUUCCUCCAGUUUUCUGCCUCUUUGGUACGAGGAGUUACUUUGGUUUGUGGAGUAAACAAUUUUUUUUGUUGUUGCGCUGAAACUCCUCAUUGUUGGUCUGCCAUAUGUUCUUAACACAGAAACAACCCAAAGAAUCAAUAUGUCAUUGUUUUCUUUGUGUUAACCCUUUACUGUCAGUGUUUAGAAUCUGCAGGAUUUACAGACUUUAGCUCCUCUGAAUAUUUAUUCUAAAGGGAAAGCUCCCAGCGUCUGUCGUCUGGUUUCACCGCUCACGUUUAAGAUUAAAAUCUUUUUUUUUAUGUUCAGGAGAAAUUGGGCUGAAGGAGCUUUAAAGGCUGGUGUUUGAAAAUAGAGGAGUUUCUUUGUGUAACUUUAUUGGUCUGAAUGGACUCGUGGCCCGGCUUUUUUCCAGAACUCUAAUCAAACUGAACAAGUGUUCCAGUUCAAGGAGAAGACCGCUGAGUCAGUCAGCAGGGGGCGCUAUUGGAUACUUGUUUUGUUUGUACAGGCUGAUAAAGUCCACCCUCAGCCAUUUAGCUGAUUCUCUUUUAUUUCCUUAUUAAACUGCUGGCUGUUAUCCAUACGCUGUUUGUAUUUGAUAAAAAAAAAUGCCAUUAAAUUUCCUCAAUUUACUUUUUAAAGAAACCAUUAAAAAAAAAUAACAUUCAUGUUGUUAGGGUUUGUUUUAGGAAGCUUCUCUGAAAAUAAAACAUGAAGAUCUUGGA